AUGAACGCCGCCGAACAUAUUUUCUCUUCCUUAUUACCCAAAUGCAAAACCCUCAAAACCGUGAAGCAAAUCCACGCCUUUGUUCACAAGACCGGCCUCGACACAGACCCAUUAGUCUUCGGCAAGCUCCUCCUCCACUGCGCCGUCACAAUCUCCGACUUACUCGUCUACGCUCGCCGCCUCUUCCUUCAUUUCCCUUACCCAGACGCCUUCAUGUACAAUACCCUCAUCCGCGGACUCGCCGACUCCGAUAAUCCCCACAAUGCGCUUCUCCUGUUCCGUGAAAUGCGGCGUAAAAAUAUGGUAUCCAUUGACAGCUUCACGUUCGCUUUCACACUCAAGGCCGCGGCGAAUUCGCGGUCGUUGAGUGGAGGGACCCAGCUGCAUUGUCAGGCUUUUAUCCAUGGACUAUAUAGUCAUAUGUUCGUCGGGACCACUCUGGUGAGUGUGUAUGGCGAGUGUGGGAGUGUUGGUCAUGCACGCAAGGUGUUUGAUGAAAUGACUGAGCCGAAUGUGGUGGCGUGGAACGCGGUGCUCACGGCGUGUUUUCGGUGUGGGGAUGUGGAGGUUGCGGAGGAGGUGUUUGGUUCAAUGCCGUUGAGGGAUUCGACGUCGUGGAAUAUUGUGCUUGCGGGGUAUGUUAAGGCGGGUGAGCUUGCGCUGGCGAGGGAGGCGUUUUGGAGGAUGCCGGUGAAGGAUGAUGUGUCUUGGAGUACUAUGAUUGUUGGGUUUUCUCAGAGCGGUUGUUUUGAUGAGGCGUUUGGGUUUUUCGGGGAGCUGCAGAGGGAGGGAGUUGGGGCGAAUGAGGCGAGCUUGACUGGGGUGCUGUCUGUGUGUGCGCAGGCUGGAGCGGUUGAGUUUGGUAGAGUUUUGCAUGGUUUGGUGGAGAAGGGUGGAUUUCUUUCGUUGAUUUCGGUCAAUAAUGCGCUCCUGGAUAUGUAUUCUAAGUCCGGGAAUGUGGAGAUGGCUCGGUUGGUCUUUGAGAGAAUGCCGGAGAGAAAGAGUGUUGUUUCUUGGACUUCAAUGAUAGCGGCACUUGCAAUGCAUGGUUAUGGAAAAGAAGCAAUACAAGUUUUCCGCAAGAUGGAAGCUUCUGGAGUUAGGCCUGAUGGGAUCACAUUCAUUUCAGUUUUGUAUGCAUGUAGUCAUGCUGGGUUGGUUAACGAAGGAUGUGAAUAUUUCUCCAAGAUGAGAGAAAUGUAUGGUAUAGACCCAGCUAUUGAGCAUUACGGUUGUAUGGUAGACCUGUAUGGUCGAGCUGGGAAACUUAAGAAGGCCUAUGGUUUUGUGUGUCAAUUGCCAAUAUCUCCUAAUGCUAUUAUUUGGCGAACUCUUCUAGGGGCAUGCAGCAUUCAUGGUAAUGUUGAGUUGGCAGAACAAGUGAAGGAAAGGCUUUCCAAACUGGACCCUGACAAUUCAGGUGACCAUGUUCUUUUGUCAAAUGUGUAUGCUGUUGCAGGUAAGUGGAAGGAUGUUGCUGCUGUAAGAAGAUCAAUGGCUGAUCAGAAGAUCAAGAAAACUCCAGGUUGGAGCGUGAUAGAAGUUGACAAGGUCAUGUAUAGUUUUGUGGCUGGUGAUAAAUCAAAUAAGGUUACAGAAGAGGCGUAUGAGAAGUUGAGGGAGAUAAUGUUGAAACUUCGUGUUGGUGGAGGUUAUUUGCCGGAGGUUGGGAGUGUUUUGCAUGACAUAGAAGUGGAGGACAAAGAAGAUUCAGUGUUCAUGCACAGUGAAAAACUUGCGGUAGCUUUUGGGUUGGCAAGGUUGCCUGAAGGAAGGAUGAUAAGGAUAGUGAAGAAUUUGCGGGUUUGUAGAGACUGUCAUACAGUGAUGAAGCUGAUUUCUAAGGUCUAUAGAUCGGAGAUAGUUGUGAGAGAUAGAAGCCGCUUUCACUCCUUCAAAGACGGCUCUUGUUCAUGCAACGACUACUGGUGA